AGCAUGAACAUGUCGUCUCCUGCAUCACGAUCCACUGCGACGCAGCAACACGAGCAGUCCCCCAUCAGGGCGGCUGCGCAGCUCUCCCUGUGGAAGAACAUCUUGUACUCUGCGGCAGGAGGCGUGGCAGGAGCGACCGCCGUGUACCCGCUGGAUCUUGCUAAGACGCAGCUCCAGAUGGAUCACACGGGAAAGUUCAAGGGGCUCGGGGACUGCUUCAUGACCAUCUUCAAGGAGGGAGGAGUCGGUGGCCUCUACCGUGGUCUCCCUGCCAACGUGAUCGGCAUCAUGCCGGAGAAGACGAUCAAGUUGGCCGGCAACGACUUCUUCCGCAACCUGUUUAAGGUGGAUGACCCUACUGUGUAUCCCAAGGGAAACAUCAUGCUGGAGGGAGCUGCUGGAGGCCUCGCGGGAGCUUGUCAGAUCGUCGUCACUACCCCCAUGGAGAUCACCAAGAUCCGCAUGCAGAUGUACAAGCCCGCCCCGGGCGAGACGGUGAACCAGAUGGCGAUCCUCUCCAAGAUGGUGCGCGAGAUGGGAAUCACUGGGAUGUACAAGGGAACUUUCUCGACCUUCAUGAGAGACUGCCCCUUCUCCAUCGUCUACUUUUCCCUCUACGGCAUCUUCAGAAGAAAGCUCGUUGAUGACAAGGGCGCAAUCAGCAGCUCAGGAGCUCUUAUCGCCAGUACCUGCGCUGGUGUCGUCGCUGCAAGCGGGUCGACUCCCCUGGAUGUGAUCAAGACUCGCCUUCAAGCUGCUCCUGCUCCCGGCGUCGAGCCGUACAAGGGCUGGCUCCCAACGGUGGCAAGGAUCGCUCGGGAGGAGGGCGCGAUGGCUCUUUUGAAGGGUGUUGGACCGCGUACCAUCAUCAUCAGCCCUCUCUUCGGCAUUGCGCUCAUGGUCAAGGAGACGCUGGCUCGCAUCUGGCCUUGAGCGCAGUGAGAGGAAAGGAGGACCGGGGAGGACGGAGAUGGUGUGAGUUGGGGAGACGCGAGGCCGACACGUGUCUGCUAGCAUUUACACUUGAUAUGUACAUGAAGAGCACGUGGCUCAUGCGA